AUGGGUUGGUACGACAAUGAGAAACGAAAAGACCCUGUCCAGCAGCUCGACCCAGGCCUUCGCGAGUUCUUGGAAAAGGAGACGCCCGACAAAUAUGCGACUGCACGUGAUACGGACUCGUUCAAUACACCACCUGCGCAUGAGCCCGAGACUGAACCUGUGCAGUCAUUUGGCUAUCCCGACGACGAUCGACGAGUCCCCGCCGCGUCGUUGUUCCAAGACGGCAGAUAUGCAGACCUUUGGAAGACCUAUAAAGCACCAGCUCGCGUCGACUCCGGUCCUGCCUCGGACAGUGAAGUAGUUGAAAGGUACAAGGGACGCGCAAAUACGGUGAAAAACGCGGCCCUAGAGAACUGUGCGUUUGAACAACAGGCUUUCCUGUCUUGUGCGAAGACAGGAGACUGGCAGGAGAAAGUGAAGUCCCGAGUCACGGCUUGCGCAGCUCAGCGACACACUUUCAACAGAUGUUUUGACAUGCAAACUAAAUUCUUGAUGGCGUUGGGCUACGCUGCAUCCCUCGAGCAUAAACCUGACGUCGAAGAACGGAUCCAAGUGCACGCCGACAAGUUGUUCCACCAAAUGCUGGACUACGAAAAGGAAGUGGAGGAGGCGAGAGCCACCGGCAGCCAGCCUCCUCCGCUUCGGUCUCUCUUCAAUCCUGAUCAAUCUUCACGGGUUGAAAGCUUCGCGGGGGCGCCUAUGGAGAUUCCUGGCGGCGAGGAAGUCCCGGCCGACCUCAAGCCUACGAAGCCCCUGCUUAAGCUAACUCCGCAUGAGCGAGAGCUGGAGAUACGGUCUCAUAACGCGCGGAUAGAGCAAAAGAAACAAUUCAGCGAAGAGGUCACCGCCUAUUUGAAAAAGCACACGAGUUCUCGAGCGAAGAGAGAGGAAAAGGCUGUUGGCUGGUUUGGGGAGACCAUUGGUAGGCUGUUCUGGUGA